AUGCCUGAUGACGUCGCUCACCAAAAUCCCCCAAAAUCGCACCACGAAGACGAGUUGACUGGAGUCGACUCCGGGCCGACUCAACUUUUCGGCAACACUACAACGGAACCGUCGGAUAAUUGGAAAAGAGUUGAAGGCUCCUUAGCUCGUCCGCGCUUUGAACAGCUCUUUCCUACUAGUCAACCUCUGACAACGGGUAUGCCCGGCGGGGGCAGCACUAUCCCCCCAAGCAGCAUCAUGGACCGGACGCACGCUGCUACUACUGAUGACGACGCCGCACAGUCGACCUAUUCUUAUGAUUCCACGAGGGAUUGGGCCAUAUUCUUCAAAGAGGUCGACGGUCGAAGAUUCAGCAACCAAUCCGCGACGUAUAUUCUCCCAGCUGCUGAAAGAGAUCUCAUAGACGAUGUUGAGUUCAUUCGCUUGGAUAAACAACAUGCCGCACACUUGAUAGGCUUAGGGGGUUUAUAUCCAUGCCCAGACCUCGUAGAAAGAAUUCUUGCUCCAGAAAUCGGAAUAACGAAAGAAGUUUUAGAUCUAGGUGCGGAUCAUCGUGGCUCUGUCUAUGGCACGCCAGUUUCCUCAUACGAGGGUGACAGGUGUCGAUAUGGUCCCAGCCCCACUCAGCGUCGAUCAAAUACCAUCCAACGUUGUCGUUUUGACCUCGUCCACAUGCGUUGCACGGCUAGCGGUCUCCCCGACUUUGCUCAGGCAACUACAUAUGCUGCGCAAUGUCUCAAACCAGGUGGCUUAUUAUUGAUCGUAGACCUUGAUACACAACUAUGUGCAGAAGAUAAGGUGACAAUUCAGAAGAUAGCGACACCAAAUCAGCCAGACGGGUCAUGGCUUGCUCGGUACUUCUAUGAGGUUAGAUCUGCAUUUGAUACAAGUGGAAUCGAUACCUCCAAGUUAUCCGAGACCCUGGAUCGAGCCCUAUGGAACCACCCGCUGUUGACGAAUUGUGGAGCAGGCAGCAUGUUCAACCCCGUUGGCCCAUGGGUUAAGUCUAUUGACCCGGAGGAGAAGCAAAGGCUGGGGUUUGCCGGAAUACUUAUGCGGCAGAACCUUAAGGUAAAUAAAAAGCUCAGCUUUCUUGGGACUUACGAUACUCACCGCAUACAGGCGGCUAUUCAGGCGUUUCAUACACUGCUAAGGAAAAAGGAGAUACCGCAGGAAAGCAUCGACGGGCUGACUACUAACGCAACUUCUGUGCCGGGCCAAGAUGAAGAGGCAAGCACUUCCAAUGAGAAAAACGGCGGAAAUACUUCAUCUCUUCCGAGAUCAGACUGGCAACCCCACUACCGAACGAUACACGUCUAUACAACGGAAGAGGAAAGUCAGGCGGCCAGAAAACUCAGGCAAGAUACGGUCGGGGAACUCGUCAAGCCAUUGGCCUUACUACCAAACCCCGCAAUUCAGAUCGUAGUACUGGAGAUUUCCGGUCAACGUCCAUCACGCGCACACGUUGGGAAGAGUGCAAAUCGUAAAUUCUAUGAAUGGACGCACGCCUUCUCCUUCAACCAACGUGGCAUAACCGAAAGGGACGAGUCCAGAGACGAAUAUCGGGGUCCACGGUUUAUCCAAGAAUUAAAUACCCAAUAUUUUGCGUCUCACGUGCCUUUGAAGAAGAAACCGGGUCAGUGGCCGACUAGUCCAUUGUUGAUCGCGAGUUUUGACCGAAAUGGACUAGGCUACUGUGCUAGAUUGACAGGAUCCAGCAGUGGACAGGUGUUCUCAACUCAGAAAUCCACUCACAAAGGGACUUUAUUAAGCCUAGGCUCAAAGCCUAUUGGAAAUCUGAACACUCCAGAGAUCAUGGAACGAGUGGCCACAAUCUCGACCAGCGCUAAACCCGAAGCCGAAGCGACAAGGUCGGAGAAUUGGAAAGAAAAGCAGUCAGAUUUGGCCCGGCCACGCUACGUGCAGCCAUUUCCAGCCACUCGGUUGCAGGGGGGAGGUAUACCCGGUGGGAGCAACACUGUAGACUCUUCCAGCAUCAUGGACCGCACUCACGAUACUACAACUAUCGGCGACGCCGCUCAAUCGACCUAUUCCUACGAUUCUUCUAGAGAUUGGACCUUGUUCUUCAAGGAGGUCGAUGGUCGAAGGUUCAGUAACCAAUCUUCAACAUAUAUUCUCCCAGCCGUGGCCCCUCAAUCAUCUGUCUAUAUCUCCGCUCAACGCCUUUUACUUAGGGAUAAGCAGCACGCCGCCCACCUAAUAGGCAUGGGAGGUUUGUAUCCGUGUCCAGAUCUAGUGGAAAAGAUACUUGCACCAGAACCUGGGAUUAUCAAGGAAAUUUUGGAUUUGGGAUGUGGAACUGGAAUAUGGGCUCUAUCCAUGGCACGUCAAUUUCCUCAUGCGAGAGUAACGGGAGUCGACAUGGCUCCAACCCCGCUCCCAGAGGAUCAGCUACCACCCAAUAUCGACUUUGAGAUUGAUGAUAUUAACCUUGGGCUCGAGCAAUUUACUG